UAUCCAUUCUAUGACUGACAUUUAACUUGAUGAGAGUUGAUAAGGUGAUAAGAACCUGAUUUCUACCACAUCCGUACUAACCUGUGACCUUCAUUAUCAUUAUCUCCCGGUAUCCUCUAAAGAAUCUUCCUGGUCCUGUCCAUUCAAGUAAGUGUGACGUGUGUAGUUUGUGCAUUGUGGAGCAGAUAAUCGUGAACUGAUACACUGGUUAAAUUUACGUUAACUGAUUAAUUAUUUUGUAUUUUAUUAAUAAAUUUGUUAGUGAAAUAAACCUUAAAAUGUCUCUUAAAACAACAGCAAAUGUAUUAGGCAGGGGUGGUUUUAAUGUAGUUUUUCAACGUGCAAGUUCAUGGUGGUCAGGUGUCCCUAUGGGACCACCUGAUGCAAUUCUGGGUGUCACAGAAGCUUACAAAAAGGAUACAAAUCCUAAAAAAAUAAAUUUAGGUGUAGGGGCAUACCGAGACGACGAAGGAAAACCCUAUGUGCUUCCCUCUGUCAGAAAAGCUGAAGAAAAAUUAAGAAGCAAAAAUCUUGAUAAAGAAUAUGCACCAAUUUCUGGGCCCCCAGAAUUCUGUAAAAACAGCAUAUUGCUUGCUUUAGGGGAAGACUCAGAACAUGUUAAAAACGGCCUUAAUGCAACAGUGCAAGGUAUUUCUGGAACAGGUUCUCUUAGAAUAGGUGCAGCAUUUUUGAAUGCAUUCUUCCCUGGACCUAAAGUUGUUUAUGUACCAACUCCAACAUGGGGAAAUCAUAUUCCACUUUUUAAACACUCUGGACUUGACGUAAAAUAUUAUAAAUUUUACGAUGCUAAAACUUGUGGUUUUGAUUUUAAUGGAUGUUUAGAUGAUAUUUCUAAAAUACCUGAAAAGUCUAUCAUCCUUUUACAUGCAUGUGCACAUAAUCCUACAGGUGUUGAUCCAAGACCCGAACAAUGGCAAGAGCUUUCAAAUUUGAUAAAGAAACGUAAACUUUUUCCCUUCUUUGAUAUGGCUUAUCAAGGAUUCGCCUCUGGUGACACUAGCAGAGAUGCUCAGGCUGUUCGUCUUUUUUUGAAAGAAGGACAUCAAAUUGUUUUGGCUCAGAGUUAUGCUAAAAACAUGGGUUUGUACGGUGAAAGAGCAGGAGCUUUUUCUGUGAUUACCGACGAUAAGGAAGAAGCCGCAAAAAUUAUGUCCCAAAUUAAAAUUAUCAUUCGACCCAUGUAUUCAAAUCCACCCAUCAAUGGAGCUCGUAUUGUAAAUGAAAUUUUAAGCGACCCUUCAUUGAAGAAAGAUUGGCUUGGUGAAGUUAAAGGAAUGGCUGACAGAAUUAUUUCUGUUCGGCAAAAAUUACGUCAAAAUUUGGAAAAAGAGGGUUCUACACACAACUGGCAGCACGUUACAGAUCAAAUAGGAAUGUUCUGUUUUACUGGCAUGAAACCUGAACAGGUGGAGAGACUUACAAAAGAGUUCAGUAUAUAUCUUACGAAAGAUGGUCGUAUUUCCAUGGCUGGAGUGACCUCCCGCAAUGUCGACUACCUCGCUCAUGCAAUGCACCAAGUCACAAAAUAAAAGGUGAAUGAUGUUAUUCAUUCACAAACCCAUUAAAAUUGCAAAUGUCUUAUUAGUUGGGGUAUAAACUUAAUGUUUAAUAGAGUACAAAAUUCUUUAA